UGCCGAGACUUCAUGCCGCCAGAGGAGGAGACGGCAGCGAUAGAGUGCGCACCUUCCACUCCAUCCGAGUCUCCCAAGAAGAGGAGAAAAGAUUCUCCAUCUUCUCCUAGAGGAGAUGCGAAGAAGCUCCGAGCGGCAAGCCGCCAGAAGAGCGUGAAGUUCGUCGGUGCCCAAGUGGUUUGGUUCCACAAAGACUUGGCGCCAAUCACCCGUUUUGGAGGCCUGCACAGACCAACCUCUUCGACACAUGAAGAAGACGAACGAAGAAGUCGCGAGCUCGGUGAUGAUGCCUCGCUAACACAAGCAUAUGCGACGGAAAUGCGCGAAAUGAUCCAGCAUGUGUUGUGGGGCACCAACCUUCCAUGCAUGUGUGAUGACAUCGAGACCCUACGCGCGCAGUUUCGCAUCGCGAACGACCUCCACGUAGAAGCUAUGAUGGAAUUUGGCCACUUUGACCCCCUCACAAGCACCAACGAGCACGAAACACAUGAAUGCUUACCAGCACUGCUCGCGUGGAAAGACAUGACCGGGUUCCGAGGUAUGGGGUACACUUUUGGACACCGCUUUGUCACGGUCGCCGAGUACAUUGCAACAAUGGAGGACAUCGAGCUCGUUCGUUUAUUGAAGGCUCAUCAUGUCCCGGUGCCCCGAUUCGUGAUCCCAAAGAAAGAUGGCCAACGGUUCCCCGCAUCGGUUCUCGUGUCGCGCCACUUCAUGUGCGGCGGACGGACGUUGGAUCAGCUCAACAUGGCGGAAUUGCGACUCGAAUGUUCUCUUCGUAAUAUGCUCGAAGCAGCGAUGUCCAAGAAGUACAAGAAGAAGAAGCAGCUCGUGCAGCUGCUCAAGCCCAUUUUUGAAUCCGAACACGUGAUGCGAUGCGCGGAGCAGCAGCAACGGGAGCAAAUGGAAGCUCUUGUCUUGAGCAUUUUACAAGAAGCCGCCGCGACCAAAAUGCGGCGAUGUCUAGCCAAAGUAGUUGAGCGACGAUUGCAUUGCCCUUCACUGGAAGUGGCGCAACCAGACAAACAACCUAGCGACGCCGUGCCGUCAAAGGAAACCCUCGCCGAGGCGCUCACCCAGCUAUUGCAGGGCGAUCCAAGCACGCGAUGCCGAUGCAUGGUUUCGGCGGGCAAUACUUGACGUGCUUCCUUCCAUGGUGCGGACGAGUGGCCACUGGUUGGCGCGGAGUACAGGCAUGUGCGAUUCUUACACUGUUGAGAUGGAAAUUCACCAGAGCAGCGACUGGAAUGAAGUCGUGGCCCCUCUGACGUUUGAGCCGUUCGACCUUGCAACACAUUCGCAUGGAUGAAGCGUGCUUGAAUCCUGCCGUGAUUGUUUAUUUCGCUGAAUGUAUCAACGUGCACGACACUGGUUGAGUCGUUUGAAAUGGCAAGGCUGAGGUGCCAUGAUGUUGUGGAGUACGUGAUGAAGUACCAAAUCCAGUGACCAAGGUCGCCACCGCGACGCCAACUCCUGCCUCGGUCACGUAGUCGAGGGCGUCAUGGUGCUUAUGGUGCUUUUUCAGUCUCUGAAACAGCGAGAGACGAGUCGUAGCAGGCGACACACAAGAACGUUUCCUGGGACCGGCGCAUUGCGUUGGACAUUCGAGUCGACCCACGAGUCCAUCACAAUCGGUUCAACAUUUCGGCGGUGAACAGCACCAGGACAGCAAACCAUCGUCUCGACAGAAUGGAAAUGAAUCGCGCUGCACAUCAAGCUCGCUCCCAGGAAGAGGCUCUGUGCACGUCGACAUCAUCAACGUCGAAAUGGGACACCUUCCUCAGCAUGCAAAGAGCCUCGAGUCGGUGAAGUGCCUGCCACGAGACACUCUCAAGUGUCUGCAAAUUCAACAUUUUGGAAGGAAUGAAGCGUCGUUCAAGUUGUCCCAGAAUGUAACAUUGCGAGUUGCCCGGCGAAUCCGGACCCGCCUGGAGAGAUGUGUUCGACGACGGCAUGGAUGCGACCUACCGUCGUCGGUACGUUGGGUCUGCUCUUUGUGACCAGUGUGUACGUGGUGAAAUGUGAACCAUUUUGUCUCAGCGAACAGCCUCCCCCUCCUUAUCUACGCCGGUACUGGGGGCAGGCGAUGGAGUGAAAAAUGCCGACGGCACUAUGCCGUGUGGUUCGAGUGGAAUCAUCGUUGUGCAAGUGCUAUUUCAACGCCACACGACAUUUGCACCAAGACUGGCACACGCAGAAUGAUGCCACCAGAUUUGUGGUCGCGAUUCGGUCUAUUCCGACCCGAAUUCCGACUGAAGUGAUGGCACGAAGCAAGGGAACGGUAUGUCGGCGAGAUGAUGCAUCUCAGGUCACGCCCAUCUUGGCGGCGAGCGCCCCCAAUCCUUCGAAAUGCUGCCCCCUGCAACAAGAAAGUCGUUGCAAGUGUGUAGGCGUGCAUGACCCCUCGGCUGCAACAGCUCGUCCGACGAAAACACGGUCCAGCAUGGUCAUGUGACUGCUGUCUCCCCGUCUAUGGUACGAACAGUCCUGCAGCGGCACACCGCAUUUCAAGCCCUCAAAGCACUUGGCAACGAUAUUCCGAUUCACCACGCCUCUGGUUUGCUUCGAAGAAUGUCACACGUGAUUUCUAUUUGUCGUCCCGCCGACGCUACCUGCUUCGUCGUGAAGUUCAAACUUCUCUCUGCCGUCUCUCCA